UCAUUUUCGUCCCGCCCUGUUUUAAAAUGGCGGCGCCCAGGGGAGCGCCAUGCGAGUUGUUUGCCGAUGGAGUUCGGGCGGUUUUAGGGACGUGGCCCGUAUUACAGAUUGCAGUGGAGAAUGGGUUUGGAGGAGCUUUCUCCCAGCAGAAAGCAGAGUGGAUGGUGGACGCUGUGCAGGAAUACUUCAGCAAGAACGUCGAUUUACAGCGCCUUGAGGUGGAGGACUUCCUUGCAGAGGUCCUGAACAACGAGUUUGACACCGUGGUGGAGGAUGGGAGCUUGCCAGAGGUGGCGCUGCAGCUGUGCGAACUGUUCAACCAGUGCUCCCGAGGCCAGCUGGAGGAAGUGAAGGGGAGAAUCGCACAGCUGGAGCUGAAGAGGAGCAGCGUAGGCCGGGGGAAAGUGGUAGCAGCAAGGAGCGCCGGAGAUGAGGAAGAGGAGGAGAGCGGCGAGGAAGAGGCGGCUGCAGAGGCUAUGGACUGCGACGGAGCAGCAGCUACAGUGAUGCCGGCACACUCCUCCGCUCCCUGGCCCCGGACCCAGCCCCGGACCCAGACCCAGACCCAGACCCAGCCCCAGGAGCCCGGGGAGGACGGCUGGACCAUGGUGGGCAAAAAAAAGAAAUAAAACCAUCAAAAGCAAGAACCCUUCUCGCCCCUAUGACCCGUUUACUGCACCCAGGAGUGAACAUCCCAAUUCUGAACCAGACUGGUCUCUCGCUGAAGCAUUCGCUUUAACCAAGUAGCUCCUGAGCUAUAGAUCGGCUCUCGAUUACUUUGAACCAGUUAUUGGCUUAAUUACUCAAGGUUAACGUAAAUUAUUGAUGUAGAAUUUUUGGUUUUUAUUAAUUUAGCAGUCGCUAAUGGAUUUUUUACCCCAUUUGUCUCCCAGUUUGAAAUAGCCAUAUGUAUUAUUUUAGGCUCGGCUCACCGCUUCCACCCCCCCCCCCCCCCCCCCCCCACCGCGCGCUGACUAGGUAGCAGCGAAGACGAACUUGCUGUCUUCCAAAGCCGUCAGCCGCCCGCUUCUUUCCACGCUGCAGCCUCACCGCGCAGCUCCUCAGAGAUACAGCGUCGGAGGACAGCUCUGGGCAGCUUGCAGGCAAGCCCGCUAGACACUGUAGCACCUAGUUAUAGAUGAAGCAGCGAUGGGGGUGCUGCUGUUUAGUCUUGUGCUUAGUUGCUGGGUCUGUUUGUCGGCUAACGUCUUGACCAGACCACCCCUGCUUGCACCAGGGCAGGAAGUUUAUUCUGCUGCCCCUUUCCCAGACAGCAGCCCACGGAAAACAGCACAACACACCGUCAGAGUUACAUACCUUCAGUCUUCUCCUGAAGUCUUUCCUUCUCAUGAGUCUGCUCUCUACACAGCCCUGUAAGACCAGUGCGGUGUAUUGAAUGCCAGUCUUCGGUGUGUUAUUGUAGAUAGUCAGUUCUGGGCUGUCCAGCGAUUGGGGGCUUAAUUCUUGCAGGUGAAGUCCCCAGAGCUCUGAUGUAGAUGGUGUGUGUUUUGUGUUUUUUUUUUUUGUUUUUGUUUUGUGUUUGUUACUCUUGUGUAAAAGACUGCCAGCGUCUGACAGCCUGGCCAGUGUUAAAGACGGUGAGUGUAAUGCACACGCUUGCCAGGUCGUCACUGGAAAUGAGAAUUUGUUCUCUGUUGACUCUGGUUGAAUAAAGUUUUUUGAUUGA